AUGAGCUGGAUGGUGAGAAGUUUUGUGCUGCCCCUUUUGCUGCUGUGCUUGUGGGGGCUGCAGGAAGGCUCGCACGCCUGCAGCUGUGUCGCCAGGCAUCCGCAGCAGGUGUUCUGCCAAGCAGAUGUUGUCAUUAAGGCGACGGUUGUUGGGAAGACUGACGUUUCUUUGAAGCGGAGUGUCGUAAAUCCUGGUCUCCUCAAUCCUGGUGUCAUAGAUCCUAUUAAGUAUGACCUCAAACAGACAAAGAUGUUCAAGGGCCCGAAAAAACUUUUUGGUGCCAUCUACACUGGACUCAACUCUGCAGCAUGUGGAGUCAAUCUGGCCAAUGGCAUUGAGUAUAUACUUAUGGGCAGACUGCACUCUGACGGCUCGCUGCACAUCUCCUUGUGCGACUUGUACCAGCCGUGGGACGACUUGAGUGCCACUCAAAAGAGCUUGUUGAAGCGCUAUGAAAUGGGCUGCGAUUGCAAGAUCUUGCGAUGCACCUCCCUCCCAUGCGGCAUCAGCACCCCGACUGAGUGCUUGUGGACGGACUUGCUGCCGGUGAAGAUGGCCAGCGGCGAGCAGGCCCAAAACUAUGCUUGCAUAAAGAGACGUUACGGCUAUUGCGCUUGGUUCAGGCCUGACCUAUUGACG